GGAUGUUAAGGGAGAGCAGACUCCCAAAGGAAACUGGCCAGAGGCUAAGGAGGUGCAGAACAGCAAGUCUUCACAGUCCACACUGGAGACCUCCCCACGCUCCCCCUCCACUUCCCUGGCCUACCCUACUGGAAGUGUGGCAUGAGGGGUCUCAAGGCUUGACCUAUAGGAAGUGAGGACCUGGAUUGAAGGGGCCGCAGCUCUGCACGGCACGGGGGGCCCAGGGGCCAUGGCCUGCCUCCAUGAGACCAGGACACCCUCACCUUCCUUUGGGGGCUUCGUGUCUACCCUAAGUGAGGCGUCCAUGCGCAAGCUGGACCCAGAUACUUCGGACUGCACCCCUGAGAAGGACUUGACACCUACCCAAUGUGUACUUCGAGAUGUAGUGCCCCUGGGUGGGCAGGGUGGGGGCGGGCCCAGCCCCUCCCCAGGUGGAGAGCCGCCCCCUGAGCCUUUUGCCAACAGUGUCCUGCAGCUGCAUGAGCAGGACUCAGGUGGCCCAGGGGGAGCCACUGGGUCACCUGAAAGCCGAGCAUCUAGAGUUCGAGCUGAUGAGGUGCGACUGCAGUGCCAGAGUGGCAGUGGCUUCCUUGAAGGUCUCUUUGGCUGCCUGCGCCCCGUCUGGACCAUGAUUGGCAAAGCGUACUCCACAGAGCACAAGCAGCAGCAGGAAGACCUUUGGGAAGUCCCCUUUGAGGAAAUCUUGGACCUGCAGUGGGUAGGCUCGGGGGCCCAGGGUGCUGUCUUUCUGGGGCGCUUCCAUGGGGAAGAGGUGGCUGUGAAGAAGGUACGCGACCUCAAGGAGACUGACAUCAAGCACCUACGCAAACUGAAGCACCCCAACAUUAUCACUUUCAAGGGUGUUUGUACACAGGCUCCCUGCUACUGCAUCCUCAUGGAGUUCUGCGCCCAGGGCCAGUUAUAUGAGGUGCUUCGAGCUGGUCGCCCUGUUACCCCCUCCCUGCUAGUUGACUGGUCCAUGGGCAUUGCUGGUGGCAUGAACUACCUGCAUCUGCACAAGAUUAUUCACCGAGACCUCAAAUCCCCCAACAUGUUAAUCACAUACGAUGAUGUGGUGAAGAUCUCAGAUUUUGGCACUUCCAAGGAGCUGAGUGACAAGAGCACCAAGAUGUCCUUUGCAGGGACAGUAGCUUGGAUGGCCCCAGAGGUGAUCCGCAACGAGCCUGUGUCUGAGAAGGUUGACAUCUGGUCCUUUGGUGUGGUGCUAUGGGAACUACUAACUGGUGAGAUUCCCUAUAAAGACGUAGAUUCCUCAGCCAUCAUCUGGGGUGUGGGAAGCAACAGUCUUCACUUGCCUGUGCCCUCCAGCUGCCCAGAUGGCUUCAAAAUCCUGCUUCGCCAGUGCUGGAAUAGCAAACCACGAAAUCGUCCAUCAUUCCGACAGAUCUUGCUACAUCUAGAUAUUGCCUCAGCUGAUGUGCUCUCCACACCCCAGGAAACUUACUUUAAGUCCCAGGCAGAGUGGCGGGAAGAGGUAAAGCUGCACUUUGAAAAGAUUAAAUCAGAAGGAACCUGUUUACACCGCCUCGAAGAAGAGCUGGUGAUGAGGAGGAGGGAAGAGCUCAGACAUGCCUUGGACAUCAGGGAGCACUAUGAACGGAAGCUGGAGAGAGCCAACAACUUAUACAUGGAACUGAACGCCCUCAUGCUGCAGCUAGAACUCAAGGAGCGUGAAUUGCUAAGGCGGGAGCAAGCUUUAGAGCGCAGGUGCCCAGGACUACUGAAGUCACAUCCAUCACGGAGUCUCUUGCAUGGGAACACGAUGGAGAAGCUCAUCAAGAAGAGGAAUGUGCCACAGAAGCUGUCGCCCCAUAGCAAAAGGCCAGAUAUCCUCAAGACAGAAUCUUUGCUACCUAAACUAGAUGCAGCCCUAAGUGGGGUGGGGCUUCCUGGGUGUCCGAAGGGCCCCCCAUCACCAGGACGGAGCCGCCGUGGCAAGACCCGUCACCGCAAGGCUAGCGCCAAAGGCAGCUGUGGGGACCUGCCUGGCCUUCGUGCAUCUGUGCCACCUCAUGAACAAGGAGGCCUAGGAGUGGGACCCUCAGUCUGGGAGGCAUGCCCCCCUGCCCUACGUGGGCUCCACCAUGACCUUCUGCUCCGCAAGAUGUCAUCUUCCUCCCCAGAUCUGCUGUCAGCGGCAUUAGGAGCCCGGGGCCGGGGGGCCACAGGGGGAGCUGGGGAUCCUGGCUCACCACCUCCAGCCCGAGGUGAUACUCCCCCAAGUGAGGGCUCAGCUCCUGGUUCCACCAGCCCAGAUUCACCUGGGGGAGCCAAAGGAGAGCCACCUCCACCAGGACCUGGUGAAGGUGUGGGGCUGCUGGGAACCGGAAGGGAAGGGACAACGGGACGGGGAAGCCGGGCUGGGUCCCAGCACUUGACGCCAGCUGCACUGCUGUACAGGGCUGCAGUCACUCGAAGUCAGAAACGUGGCAUCUCAUCAGAAGAGGAAGAAGGAGAGGUAGACAGUGAAGUAGAGCUGACCUCAACCCAGAGGUGGCCUCAGGGCCUGAAUAUGCGCCAGUCACUGUCUACCUUCAGCUCAGAGAACCCAUCAGAUGGAGAGGAAGGCACAGCUAGUGAACCUUCUCCUAGUGGCACACCAGAAGUUGGUAGCACCAACACUGAUGAGCGACCAGACGAACGGUCUGAUGACAUGUGCUCCCAGGGCUCAGAAAUCCCACUGGACCCACCUGCUGCUGAGGUGGUCCCUGAUCCUGAACCCAGCUCCUUGCCUCUCUCACACCAAGAACUACUCACAAGCAAGCAGGGCCCUCCUAAUUCUGAGGACUCAGACUGUGACAGCACUGAAUUGGACAACUCCAACAGCAUUGAUGCCUUGCGGCCCCCAGCUUCCCUCCCUCCAUGAAAGCCACUCUUAUUCCUUGUACAUAGAAAAAUAUUUAUAUAAGUAAUAUAUAUGCGCCACAUAAUCAACAGAGAAAGAUGGGGGCUGUCCCAGCCUUAAGUUAGGCUUGAAGGAGGCUCUCCUGACCAAUUUACCUGAUAAACUCUAGGGACACUGGCAGCUGUGGAAACAACUACUACCCUAGAACUGUGCAUAAAGGGAUACUGGACCCUUCUUGCUUUCUACCCCAUUCCUCAUGUUCAGCAAGCAAAUAGGCAAUAGAAGAGCCAGGCUUGUCUCUACACCCUCUGUCUGCAAACACUGGUGGGACAGAAGUGAAUCAUUUAGACUGCACUUUUCUGUUUUCCGUUUGCUCUGUUUACACAUUUUUGCACUUGGGAGGAGGGAAACUAAGGCUGGGUCCUCCCCUCUGAGGUUUCUCAGGUGGCAAUGUAACUUAUUUCUUUGUCUCUCCAUAUCUCUGCCCAAGCCCCAGCUCAGGGACCAGGGAAAGUUAGGAAAAUGAAAGCAUGUAAUGGCUCAGGCUGAAGAAUUAGGGUGCUGUUUGAAGUCCCUGCUUUUAUCCUGGUGCCUGAUUGGGGUAGGGACUGUCAUUGUAACCCCGUGAACAACCUUGAAAUAUAACCACUCCGUGCAGGCCCA